CCCACAAACGCUCUUCUGAGGAAACGAAACUGAUCUGAGUCUCUCUGUCGUCUGUCUGUGUGAGAGUGAACAACCGUCCAAAUGGCUCAACAGGGAGUUCUGCUGGACCAGGACCAGUUCUGUUGUUCUGUCUGUCUGGAUCUACUGAAGGAUCCGGUCACUAUUCCCUGUGGACACAGUUACUGUAGGAGCUGUAUUGAGGGCUGCUGGGAUCAGGAUGUUCUGAAAGGGGUCUAUAGCUGUCCUCAGUGCAGAGAGACCUUCACUUCAAGGCCUAAUCUGAUGAAAAAUAACAUGUUGGCUGAGCUGGUGGAGAAACUGAGGAAGACAGGACUCCAGGCUGCUCCCCCUCCUGCUCUGUGCUAUGCUGGACCUGGAGAUGUGGCGUGUGAUUUCUGCACUGGGACCAGAAAGCAGAAAGCCCUCAUGUCCUGUCUGGUGUGUCUGGCCUCUUACUGUGAGACUCACCUCCAACCUCACUAUGAAUUUCCUGGUUUCAAGAAGCACAAGCUGGUCAAAGCCACCGCACAACUACAGGAGAAGAUCUGUUCUCAUCAUGACAAACUGCUGGAGGUUUACUGUCGUACCGAUCAGCAGUGUAUCUGUUAUCUGUGUACAAUGGAUGAACAUAAAGGCCAUGAUACAGUGUCAGCUGCAGCAGAGAGGACUGAGAAACAGAGGCAGCUGGGGAUGAGUCAGCAGAAGGUCCAGCAGAGAUUCCAGGAGAGAGAGAAGGAGCUGAAGGAGCUCCAACAGGCUGUGGAGUCUUUCAAGCGCUCUGCACAGUCAGCAGUGGAGGACAGUGAUCAGAUCUUUACUGAGCUGAUCCGCUCCAUUGAGAGAAGGAGCUCUGAGGUGAAGGAGCUGAUCAGAGCCCAAGAGAAGGCUCAAGUGAGUCAAGCUGAAGGACUCCUGGAGCAACUGAAGCAGGAGAUCGCUGAGCUGAGGAAGAGAAGCACUGAGCUGGAGCAGCUCUCACACACAGAGGAUCACAUCCAUUUCCUCCAGAGGUAUCAGUCUCUCUCCAGUAUCAGUGUAUCUUCAGACUUACCCAGCAUCGUUGUCCGUCCUCUUCAGUCCUUUGGAGAUGUGAGUCAGACUGUGUCUGAACUGAGAGAGAAACUAGAAGACUUCCUUAAAGGAGAAUGGACCAAGAUCUCCACUACAGUGAAUAUAGUGGAUGUUGUACUGCCUCCAGAGCCCAAGACCAGAGAACAGUUGUUACAAUAUUCCUGUCAGCUCACACUGGACCCAAACACAGCACACACACUCCUCUCUCUGUCUGAAGGGAACAGAAAGGUGACCUGUACAGACCAAGUCCAACCAUAUCCUGACCAUCCAGACAGAUUCACCAACUACUGGCAGGUUCUGUGUAGAGAGGGUCUGUCUGGACGCUGUUACUGGGAGGUGGAGAGGACUGGUGGUGUUGAUACAGCAGUCUCAUAUAAAGACAUCAGCAGAACAGUGAGAGAUGAUGGUGGAUUUGGAUACAAUAACAAGUCCUGGAGUUUAAAUUACUCUAGUGGUGGUUAUUGUUUCAGACACAAUAAUGUUGAGACUAAAGUAUCAGGCCCUCAGUCCUCCAGAGUAGGAGUGUACCUGGAUCACAAGGCAGGUACUCUGUCCUUCUACAGUGUCUCUGACACAAUGACCCUCCUCCACAGAGUCCAGACCACAUUCACUCAGCCCCUCUAUCCUGGGUUUAGGCUCUAUGAUUUUAAUGGUUCUGCUGAGCUGGUUAAACUGUAAACUGAUUUGUUACUAAUUAAAAUUCAAUACAAUGUUUUAAUCUUGUACAUUUCCAUGAAUCAUGAUGUCUGGUGUUGAUGUAUAUUGGUUGUCAUUCAGAACCAUUGAUAUGUUUUCUCAGUUGGUUCUCUGUCUCUAUGUAAUUCUCCUCAGUAUCAUUGAUCAGCUUGUUGGCUCGGUCCUAAUUGAUGUGUUCUCUGUCACCUGGAGCUGCAUGGAAAAUGGUCCAGGAACUAAAGGACAAUUCAGGACUAGUCAGCCCACUACAAGCUGGUAUCACUUCCUUUCUACUAAACUAUAUGGUCUGGUUUCCCAGACACAGAUGAAUCCUAGUCCUGGACUAAACAGUAUGUUCAAUGUAGAUGUCCAGGAAACCGGCCCUAAAUGUGUCAUCUUUCAUCCUCCCAUACUGCUCAGUCCAGCAACAUUAAACCUGUCCAGCAGGUGGUGC